AUGGCAGUCCAAACUACAACCGUUGCGAGCCUCCCAUCUGGGACAGAAUCAGGGACGACUUCGAACCCGACCACGGCGCCGUCAGUCUCCGUACUCACGCUUACGCAAAAGGAACUCACGACAACUUUCACUCCGCCAGCAUCGUGUCGCGAGGUGCAUCUUACGCAGUUGUCGUCACCGGGAUAUCAGCUUUGGCUCAACGAGCCGCAACCGGUGCCGAAUUCGAAGAUUGGAGAUUGUUACCCGUCAGGUGGUUUUCAGCUUCAUCUUCCCGACAACCCGGUAGACACCAACCGGCCAGCGUACGGAGGUACCUGCUAUAGUAAUUUUCAAGUCGGCCAGACUGCUACGGUCACGGCGUAUGAUAACGCGAGUGUUACGGCGACGGUCGAAUGGGUCGCUUCGGCUACUAACGACCAGGCUUAUGCGCAUCCUAUAGACGGCUUUUCAUUAAGUACGGACGACUCAAACUCUACUGGACUCUCAGGUGGUGCAAUUGCAGGCAUCGUAAUAGGCGUCCUAGCAGUCGUCAUCGCUAUCCUCGUUGGCCUAUUAUUCUUCUUAAGACGAUAUCGCCAGAAGAGAAAGCAGGAAGUACCCUUCGACGGAUCCCAGCAAGUUCAACAAGAAGUUCCCCAAGAACAAUACAGCAAUAAGGAACCCUUGGUCUCCCCCAGCACCGGGUACGCACAAUCACCAUAUACCGCCUCCACCGGAAUUUAUGAGGGCCCAACGCCUGCUUACAAGCCUACGGAACAUUACGAACUUGAUUCUCAAACGCCGAAUGAGCUUGACUCUGGAUGGGCGGGAGGCGAGCUGGAAAAUCGGGAGGUGCCGGCGUAUAGACGGAAUUAA